AUGGCAUACGUGUGUCUGAUCCCGCUGGCAAUUGUUGCAAUUGUCGUCUUCCAGUUGCGGAAUGUCGGCCGACGGCCCAAGAACUAUCCUCCAGGUCCUCCUGCUUUACCGCUGAUUGGCAAUCUCCACCAGAUUCCAUCAACACAAGCGCAUCACCAAUUUAAGAAGUGGGCUGAAGAGUAUGGCCCAGUAUACUCGCUCAUUCUCGGCACCGAAGUCAUGAUCGUGCUCUCAUCCGACAGGGCGGUGAAGGACCUCUUGGAUAAACGCAGUGGCAUCUACUCCUCACGCACCGAUUUGUACCUUGGAAAUGUAGUCAGCGGUAAUCUCCGUGUCGUCAUGAUGAAAUACGGCGAAACAUGGCGCAUGAUCCGAAAGAUAUUCCACCAGGUCCUGCACAUCAGUGCCGCCAAGGGCUACGUCCCGUACCAGGAUCUCGAAAGCAAGCAGAUGCUGUCCGGGUUCCUGGACGAGCCGGAAUACUUUGUCGAUCACAUCCGCCGAUUCACAACUUCGCUGACGACGCAGAUGGUAUUUGGGUUCCGCACUACGAGUAUCCACGACGAGAAGCUGAAGAGGUUGUACCGCUGCGUUGAGAGGUGGAGCGAGGUCGUGGGUUCUUCUGCGGCCGCUCUCCUGGACGUGUACCCGCCACUCCGGAACCUGGGGUCCCUAUCGCCUGGGAAAAGAUAUGCUGAAAAGCUUCAUAAGGAGGAGAGCACUCUGUAUGUCGGUCACUGGAUGGAUGCGAAGAAUCGCGUUCUCAAGGGUACGGCAAAGCCCUGUUUCUGUAUGGGUAUCGUAGAAAGCCAGAAAACCCUUGGCUUCUCCGACUACUUGGCCGGAUACAUCUCUGGGUCUGCCCUCGAGGCCGGGUCAGACACCACCGCCUCCACGCUGACCGGAUUCGUUCAGGCCAUGGUUCUGCACCCCUCCGUGCAGAAGCAGGCCCAGGACGAACUGGACCGCGUCUGCGGCACAGAGAGACUCCCAACCAUGGACGACUGGGACUCCAUGCCCUACAUACGGGCGUGCAUCAAGGAGUCGUUGCGGUGGAUGCCGACGGCGAUCCUCGGCCUGCCGCACGCCGUCACCCAGGACGACGAGUACAUGGGCUACAAGAUCCCAAAGGGGGCCGGCGUCAUGCUCAAUGUGUGGGCCAUCAACAUGGACGAGAACAGGUUCGCCAACCCCCGCGCUUUCGACCCUUCUCGCUAUGAAGGCGAUGAUCAGAACUCGUUCGAGUCGGCAAUGAAUGGCGACCCGUCGAAGCGCGACCACUACGUGUUUGGCGCCGGCCGGCGUCUCUGCCAGGGGACGCACAUUGCCGACCGAUCGCUGUUUCUGAGCAUUUCGAGGCUGUUGUGGGCUUUCAACCUCGACAAGGCUGUCGAUGCUCAAGGGUUCGAGGUUACGCCGGACGCGGACGACCUCACCGACGGGUUACUGGUGCAGCCAAGGCCAUUCGCCGCAAAGAUCACGCCGAGAAGCGAUGCUCAUGCGCAGAUUAUCCGCAGGGAAUGGGAGGCAAGUCAGGCGCUUCUAGACCAGGAUAAACAGUGGAGAGAGGUCCCGAGCGGGAUGGUCUUUGAGUCUCUAGCAUCGUCGGACAUUAAAGAAUGA